AGUUGCCGUAAAGCGAGGCCACCGCCGCAGCUCUAGAGUUAGGUAAGAUGAGGGCACCCGGGCCGGGUAGCCGAGCCUGGGCGUGGGCGGGUUCCCUCAGGCACAUGUCGCUGGUCUACUGGUAUACCCUGAGUAGCGGUCGUCCACCUUUGGGGUACCCUCCCUACGGCGGUGGGGAGGAGUCCGACGUCGGCCGCAGUCGGUGCACGAGCUUGCUGCGGCCGUCCCAGCUGUCCCGGCGACAGAUCGUUCCCACACUGAUCCAUGCUGUCCGCUGGUCGUCCUGACCCGGGCGGGUUCGAUUUUGGAGGUUCAUGGAGACGCUUAAAAGGCCGGGCUGCGACAGUGACGUUUGAGCUGGUUGGCGAGAGCGGACGAUGCGGGGAGAACGAUCAGAAGUAUCUCUGGUCACAGGAAACAAGAUUCUGUUUCAUGAAGAAGAUGAAAACAACUGGGCUACUGUUAAAAACCACCCAAGAGAACACCAUAGACCAAUGAGUAGAAUCAAUAAGAACGUGGUCUUGGCCCUUUUAACACUGACGAGUUCUGCCUUUCUGCUGUUUCAGCUGUACUACUACAAGCACUAUUUGUCUGCAAGGAUCUCUCCUCACCAUGCUCUAUGCCCUGGGAGGCUGACCUCUGUGGACUUCAUUAGCUGAGCUCCCUUGCCUUUUGGUUUCCAGUUGGGUUCAACCAAUGGGAAGCAUCAGCUGGAGACUGGAGACUAGGAAGAAGAGAAUGGACCGGGUUCAUCAAAAUCCAAAGGAAAUCGAGUUGGAUUUGAUAGCACACAGUGGCGUGCAGUUAAGAAAUUUAUUAUGCUGACAUCCAGCCAAAAUGUGCCAGUGUUCCUUAUUGACCCAUGGAUUCUGGAAUCAAUUAAUAAAAACUUCGAACAAGUGAAAAAUGCUUCUCAAGGCCCAGCUUCAGAAUGCAGAUUUUUCUGUGUUCCGAGAGACUUCACUGCGUUCGCACUGCAGUAUCACCUGUGGAAGAAUGAGGAUGGCUGGUUUCGGAUAGCGGAGAAUAUGGGGUUUCAGUGCCUAAAGACUGAAAGCAAGGAUCCUCGGCUAGAUGGAAUAGACUCACUUUCUGGGACUGAAAUCCCUCUGCACUACAUCUGUAAGCUGGCCACUCACGCCAUCCACUUGGUAGUCUUUCAUGAGAGGAGUGGCAACUACCUCUGGCAUGGUCACUUACGGCUCAAAGGACACAUGGAUAGGAAGUUUGUUCCUUUUCGAAAGUUACAGUUUGGUCGUUAUCCUGGAGCCUUUGACAGGCCAGACUUACAGCAAGUUACUGUUGAUGGAGUAGAUAUGCUUAUUCCGAAAGACCCAGGGCGCUUUCUAGAAGAACUACCUCACUCCAGAUUUAUCGAGUGCAGGUAUAAGGAAGCUCGGGCGUUCCUCCAGCAGUACAUUGAUGAUAAUACUGUGGAGGCUAUGGUCUUUCGAAAGAGGGCAAAGGAGUUACUGCAACUAGCAGCCAAGACGCUGAAGGAGCUGGGAGUGCCCUUCUGGCUGAGCAGUGGGACUUGUCUAGGAUGGUAUCGGCAGUGCGGUAUUAUUCCUUACAGCAAAGAUGUCGACUUAGGGAUUUUUAUACAAGAUUACAAACCUGAUAUUAUUUUGGCAUUUCAGGAAGCAGGACUACCACUCAAACACAAGUUUGGGAAGGUGGAAGACAGCUUGGAGCUAUCCUUCCAGGGGGAAAACGAUGUGAAACUUGAUAUUUUUUUCUUCUAUGAAGAGACUGACCAUAUGUGGAACGGAGGCACGCAGGCCAGAACAGGAAAAAAGUUUAAGUAUCUGUUUCCCAAGUUUACACUGUGCUGGACUGAGUUUGUAGACAUAAAAGUGCAUGUUCCCUGUGAAACGGUUGACUACAUUGAAGCCAACUAUGGUAACACCUGGAAGAUUCCUGUCAAGACAUGGGACUGGAAGAGCUCACCCCCGAAUGUGCAACCCAAUGGCAUCUGGCCUAUUUCGGAGUGGGAUGAGGUUAUUCAGUUGUACUGAGAGCACUAAGCUCAGGUGGCACAUUUCCCAGAAAGAAGGCGGGUAACUGUUUAAAGCACUACUGGUUUUUUUUUUUUUUUUGCCUGAUGUGAGAGCCAAAGAAGAGAAAUGACAAGUUAGAAGACAGAAAAGGUUUUCUGAGUCAUGGGCCAUCUAAUUAGUUCUGCCAUUCAGCAUUUCCUGAGGAGUUGAUACACCAGGUGAAAUACGAGGAGCUGGUGAAUGAGCAAAUGCCAGCCUCUCUUGUCCUGUUGGUAAGCACUACAAUUUUCUUUUGAAGGAAACUUACUCACCCUCUGAAGAGCUGGUACACAAUAUGAUGUAUUCCAUCAUGAUUUUUAAAAUGUUAAUUAAUGUUUAUGCUGGAAAGUGAGCUCAUCGGAUGAAGCUUACAAAGGAUAUGUUAGUUAAGACUAGUUCAUUCCUGCCUGUCCUCAGGAUUUCAGCUGCUGCGUUAGUGCUGCUUUUAAGGUUGUGGAGCAUGAGUUAAUAUUCCAGUGAGGGAUUACACUCUGUCUCACAGAGAAAAGAUGGUAGCAAACUCAUUUUAUAAGCAGUGUGAUACACAGUUGGCUUCAAGCACAGGGCGUUCUAUAAGGGAAGAUGAAAGCCCAUAUCAGCUCUUGUCAAGACAUACACUAUUCUCAUAUUUGAAGUGGACAGUGGAUGCUUAGAUGAUGCUUGAGUGUCUGACAUCACAGGAUAUUUUCACUGACCUGCAGUAGUACUUGAUGAUAAUCAUCCAGUCAUGCUAUCUGAAAGUUGUGACAUCUCAAAGCUUACUUUCCUUAUUUCAUUUUCAAUCACUCUUAGAUUUAAAAAUGGAAGUUAUUCAUGAAUAUUUUUAUAUUUUAUGAAUGUAUAACUCUUCUGCCCUUAAUUUUAAUAUUCACACUAAAUACUAAUAGACAUACCUCUGAAUUUUUAAAAAAUACCCUUUAUUUAUUUAUCAACCAUAGCUCCAUGUUUAAUUUAUGGCCUACAUAAUAAUUUAUUUAGCAUAAAGAUAUGACUGUUCUUCUAUUCCAAUAUUACUUCAAGUUUCCAAAAUGGAAAGUUAACAUGAACCUGGAAACGAUUCCUUUUUCCAGAUCACUGUCUUUAAAGCCUGUGUCCAUCUCGGGAUUUUUCAUUCUGCUGCGUGUAAGAGGGCAAGGACUUCCUACUGCCAAGUACUGCACAUGUGGGACCCCUUGAUUUCCUUUUUCUUCUCAAAAUACACCCAUGAGUAGGUUGGGGUAGCUGUGCACUCUCAGUGAGGGAUAGCACAGUGAAUGCCUGUCUUCCUGGCCUGGAAGGGGAGGGGCUCUGCUCCCUGCUGCUUAGGGAUGGGCUUCAGGGCUGCCUUGCAGAUCUCCCCUGGAAUGUGUGCUCACUAAAACAGAAAGAGAAUAACUGAGGGAAUGGGCUGGCAGAAAUAAAAAGAAGGAAAGAAAAAAAAAAAAAAACUUGGAGCUGGGUGUGGUGGUGCACGCCUUUAAUCCCAGCACUCGGGAGGCAGAGGCAGGCGGAUUUCUGAGUUCGAGGCCAGCCUGGUCUACAAAGUGAGUUCCAGGACAGCCAGAGCUACACAGAGAAACCCUGUCUCGAAAAACCAAACAACAACAACAAAAAACAAAACAAACAAACAAAAAAAAACAUGGAGGAAGUAACUUGAAGCCAGCUACUUCCAAAUUUUAACUUCAACAUGAAAACUGUCUUUGUUGGAUGAUAAGCAGCAGUCUGUUAGGAUACAGCCUCUCUGUAGGAAUAUUGUCUCUCCAUACACAUCUCAUCAGAUUGCUGUAAUUAUUAGCAAACUUGUACCCAAAUGACAGAUCAUAAUCAGUUCUUUCCUAGAAAAUAAGUCCAUAGAAUAUGUACCCAAGUUUUAGAUAGCCAACCCUAUAUAUUUUUAUGUACCUAGAAACAAAACAAAAAUCAAAAACAAAACAAACCCAGUAACAACAACCAGAUAACAGUGUUCUUGAGGACAAACCCACCCUAUCUGGAGAGGGUCAUUUGCUUGUACUCAGUAUCAAGGAGUAAGUAUGUUUACAUCAGGUUCCUUGAGAGCUCCCACCUUCUGCCAGGAGAUCUUACCCAUCCCUGCUCCAGGUACUUCUCUCAUUGGAGGGCAAGGUCUGCUAGUGUCCUGAAUACAAACUCUCUUGGUCCUGUGCAGAGGUUCUUCCCUCCAUAGAGGAUGGGUAAAGUUGUCUUCCCCCUGGUUUGCCUUUAGCUUUUAGGCUCUGCCCCACCUUGGAGAAAAUUUCCCAGAAUUUGCAGGUGAGGUUUACCUCUGAAAAUGACUCCAUGAUUCAGUCAUACUGAAACCAGUGCUUCUUGACCUUGGGACUCUGAUGAGUGCCCUGAGACCUUGGGUCCGGGGUGCCCACUACCUGCCUGACCCUUUGUAGAUCAAUUUUCUUCCCUCCCUGAAUAUGCUAACUUUAUUCUCCUAAUGUGAGUACUUUCUGGUGCCAUUUGCCUGGCUUGCUUGAAGAUACCUUUUCUAUUAACUUGUUCUCACGUCACCGAGGAUAUUCCCAGGGAGACCCUGAGAAGCAGACACUUUGUCAGUUUCUGACAGCCAGCUACUUCCCUAAGCAUGGACGACUUGCCCUGCCUUCUCUUGGCUACAGUUACCGACCUUGGCCACUGAGGUAAAAUAAUAGUAACUGAAACCGGGCAUCCCUAAGAGUAGCUGAGAUCAGGUCUUCGUGGAGCCUCCAGGACACCUCAGUGCGUGAUGAGUUUCCAGCGUCUCAGUGGCGUGUGGGGACAGAAAUGCUGAGGGGGGAUAUUCCUUCUUCUCCAGAAUCCUCAGGCUGCCUUCUGACCUUGAUUGGGUUGGGGGGAAACAGCUUCUGUCUGAAGACAUUACCUGUGGUUUCUGACUCUUGAAAUGUUUAAAGGAUCAAAUGAGAUGUAUAAGGUGCUCCCAUUCAGGACCAGGGUUAAGUAAGUACUCAUGAGAUGCGCCGUUUCCUCAUUCACUGUUCCUUUGUAACUUGGAAGAUUGCACAACAGAAUUGCUUAGAAAUAAAAUUGGAGCUGAGGCUCUGGUGAGAUGGCUUAGCAGGUGAAAGCACUGUCACCAAGUCUGACAUGAGUUUGAUCCCCAGGACCCAUAUAGGGGAAGGAGAGAACCUCAAAUUGCUGUCCUCAAAUACGCAGGCUCUGAUGUGCUCAGAGCUCCUCUCCAGCGCAAGAGGCCACCAAACACACACACACACACACACACACACACACACACACACACACAGAGUAAAUAAAUAUAAAGUUUUUACUGUAUCUAAGCAUUACAGGUCAAAUUAUGUGAUUUAUGAAUUCAGAGUCAUUGCCACAUUACCUCCCCCUGAAGCAGAGCUGGUUCUCAUUUAGUUGACCAAGUUGCUGUCUUCUAGUACUAACGCAUUGCACUGUUUCCUUUUAAGCCCAGUCAGAUUACUCUUAAACUGUGUGCCUAGUCUGAUAUGGACUUGCCUUUCUGUAGUCUAGCUUUGGGCAGCAAGCAUCACUAUAUAUAAUGAUUUGCAGAACCAAAGAUUUUUGGAAUGCUUGGUUUUAUGUAACUGCCUGCUCUGUAUGAAAUGUGGGUUAGUGGUGGACUAAUUUCCCAGCAUGUGUGAGGUCUGGAUUCAGUACAAAGCACCAGAAGUCGGAGACAGAAGCUUCCCACGUGCUCAAGGCCAGCUUGGGCUCCCUAUUGAAUACCAGCCUAUCCUGGGCUGCAGUGUAAGGCCCUGUAUUGAGGGAGGACAAAGGAGGGGAGAGGAAGAGAGACAGAGAGAGAAUGAGAAUAAAUCUGCCCACAGAUUUAUGUUUUUAUCUAAGCUAGGCAAAAUAGCAGGAUAUAUAAUGCUAUUUUAAGUAGUCAGUUGUAGGCAAACAGACCAACUUGGUGUUGAUGCCUUUUGUAUAGGACCAAUAGCCAAGUAUAAAUUUUCUGAGAAAUUUGGUCCCAUACCUUCAGAACACCUAGGCUAAAAUUUUGCUUCUUUAAUUCCUGGACCUAACCUAAUAGAAUUUCUCUGAAGGCCCAUUUAGUCAUCCAGACUUCUGUCUACUUACGAGUAGCUUUCGCAGAAGGGCAAUGUCAUAUAAAGUAGUCUGUCAUGCACUUUAAAAAUUAUAAGCUUGUACAGCCUUAUGACAGUUUAUUCUAAGCAUGAAACCUGGUUCAUGAGUUUAUUAAAUGUAGCUCUGUCAACCUGUGACAUUUGACUGUGACACAUGUAUGUGAAUCUUCUGGACACGGUUAUGUUUUAAACAUGAGGUUUCAGUAUAUGCUUACCAGUUUAAUAUUUGGUUUUAUCUUCAGGUAUAGUUUAUGGUACUACUGAAAAUAGUUUUAAUAUUAUUACUCUGAUCUGAAUUUGUAAUAUACAAUCUACUUUGGGGUGAUUAAUAAAAAUUUUUAAUCUCUUGC